AUGGGUCGGCUCGACCGGAGUGAUACCACGGCCUCACAGAAAAGCGGCGUGAAACAACCACAGCAUGUUUCGCCGUUAUGUCGUUGUCCUCAGAGCACGAUGCCCACGGACGUGGCCGGAGGGUGCGUGAACAAGGCGUUCGAGGGCGCUGACGAUGGAUUCCACACCAUAGACCUCCGGACUGGCCGGCGGGACGACGAUAACCAGACUAGAGUCCAGGCCUCAACAGAAGCUGAACCAGUGUCUUCGAAGCAAACUGCUCAUGAUGAUGAGCAUUCCCUCAAGUGCGGUUGGGGCAUGUUCCGACCUUUAUGGCUGCAGCGGUUCAGGACUGCCAAAUGGGCGCUGUUCUGGCUCUGCUGGGCUGGGGCCAUACAAGGUAUGGUGGUAAAUGGGUUCGUGAACGUGGUGAUCACGACGAUUGAGAAGAGGUUCGGCUUGAGGUCCAUGCAGACUGGCGUCAUAGCUGGAGGUUACGACAUGGCAUCGUUCGCGUGUCUGGCUCCAGUCACAUACCUGGGCGGUCGCACUGGUUCCUCAAAGCCGCGCUGGCUGGGACUAGGAGUGCUCCUAAUGGGCACGGGGUCCUUACUCUUCGCUCUGCCACAUUUCCUUGUACCUAACUAUAAAAUAGCUGGAAAUGAACCUGCAGACUUAUGUACUCCUAAUAGGACGUUGACAGACAGUUGCGAUGGUAACGUACCGUCGGAGGGCGGCGCGUGGGCAGUUGCAGUGUUCGUGUUCGCGCAACUGUUGCACGGCGCGGGCGCAACACCACUGUUCACGCUCGGCGUCACCUACAUAGACGAGAACGUGUCGAAAAAGAUGUCUUCAGUUUAUUUAGGUGUAUACUACACAAUGGCGGUGGUGGGCCCAGCCAUGGGCUAUGUGAUCGGUGGACAAAUGCUAACAAUCUACACAGACUUCCUCAGUGUCGACUCCGACGCGUUAGGCGUAACUCCUGUCAGCUCAGUAUGGAUUGGUGCUUGGUGGAUAGGGUUCAUUCUAUCUGCUAUUCUGUGCCUCAUCGUGGCUAUACCCUUGAUGGCCUUUCCUCAUGAACUGCCUGGCGCAGCUGAAAUUAGGGCAUCGAAGGUAUCCGAAGCGCAUGAAGGAGCUGCAUCCAAGUCAGCAGCAUUUAGCGCUUUGCACGAGCUGCCUCGUGCCGCAGCCGCCUUGCUCCGAAACCCCACUUUCUUAUUCCUAAACCUGGCAGGGGCCACAGAAGGCAUGCUCAUAUCAGGUUUCGCUGCUUUCCUGCCAAAGCUGAUUGAGAACCAGUUUGCUGUCAACGCUUCAGAAGCUGCUUUACUUUUGGGAGUGAUCACAGUACCGGCGGGAGGAGGUGGCACAUUCCUCGGCGGAUGGCUAGUGAAGCGCUGGCAGUUGGCGUGCGCCGGCAUCAUCAAGCUGUGCGUGGCAGCCACCGUGGUGGCGGCUGCCUUCACCUUCGGGUUCAUCCUCACUUGUGACGACUACCCCUUCGCGGGGGUUACUGUCAUGUACAACAGUCCUUCAGUGCCAGGUGCCGACAGCCUCACAGCUAUGUGUAACACAGACUGCUCGUGUAUCAACGCUCCGUACUCGCCCGUAUGCGGAGCUGAUGGCAACGUGUACUACUCAGCUUGCCACGCUGGUUGUACCAGGCAGACCCUCGCAGGAGCUGCCCAGCUCUUUCACCAGUGCUCCUGUGUACUCACUAAAGAAAAUAUGACGCUACCGACGUAUGAACUUGAAGGAGAAGCAAACUCGACGAUUUCCUACGAGGCCAUAAAUAGCAUCUGCUCAACGGACUGUCCACUCCUCUGGGUGUUCGUCUGCAUGUCGUUCGGAGUCAUGCUGUUCACGUUCCUGGCUACCAUGCCUGCCUUGUCAGCUACAUUGAGGUGUGUUCGAGAAGACCAGCGUUCUUUCGCAUUAGGCAUACAAUGGAUCAAAGUCCGUCUGCUGGGUACGAUCCCUGCGCCUCUACUGUUUGGGUACCUCAUCGACCUCUCAUGCUCCCUGUGGUCCACCUCUUGCAACAAGACGGGCGCCUGCUUGCAGUAUGACAAUAUUAAUAUGAGCAGGUACAUGCUAGGUAUUGCGUUGGUGGGAAAACUCUGUUCUUUGCUGUUCUUCUUCCUAGCAUGGUGGUUCUAUCGUCCACCGGGCAGCAAGAACGGGAACGCUGUAGUUCCAUCAGUAGACCUAGUCGUAUGCGCCGAAAAGACCAAUGGAAACGUCACGAAUGUGGCAAAUGGAACAUUGGAGAGAGGCAGUAAUGGGUACUGCAAUGCGGCAUUAGAAUGUAGUGACCAUUUGUAAGGUAGUUUUAAAGACUGUUGUAUUAUACCGGAUGCCGAAGGUAAAUAUUUGUCUGAAUAAUUUUGGUUCAGUGAGAGUACGGGUUAAGCAGGACCGGCUGCGAAAGUGUAGAGGCUAAUCCAAUAAGGCCAUAACGUGAAGAUCCAAAUGUUUUCUAGGACAAUCUCGAAUGUUAGAGUGUAUGUAUUUACUAAUCGAUCGAAAGCGAAACAAAGACGUGUGACUGUAUGAACAUUUUACUUUAUAAAAUGGUUCAGUAAGCGGUUAUCCUACCUAGGACAUAGGUAGUACGAGUAAUACCUAACUUAACACACACAUAACAAAUUCAUUUUAUCUAUUAUUAAAAAUAAUUAUUUAGUUGUAUGUAAUAUAUUUCAAUGCAAGAAUUACUUGAGUCCUGUGGUUGAUGUUGAAUAAUAGUUAUUGAUGAAAUAAUUGUUUACAUUCCAAAAUAAUAAUAGUUCUGUUGUAAAAUAUCUGUGAUGUAAUAGUUUGUAGAUAAUUGUAAGUAUAUCGCCGAUAUCAGGACCUCGUAAUAUAUCGUAGAUCUGUACACAACUACUUAAGUUUACGUGUAUUUGGGGUACAUGCUUUAUUAUUUAAAUAAUAUAAUAAGUGGAAGGAUCUCCCA